CAAACAUACAAUAGCUUUAAUAACAGCCCAUUCCACACCAUUUAACCCCAGCAGUCUUCUACUCUUCUUAGGUAGUUUCCAACGCCCAAAACCCCUUGGCAAACUGCAACAUUCGACUUGAGAAAAGAUGGGGAAGAAGAAGAGAUUUCAAGCUGAAACUGAACAACAACACGAAGAAAAUCCAUUAAACUCUGUUUCUGAGCUUAUUAAUGGCGAAGACAUUUCUGAUGAACCAAAAAAGAAAAAGAAAAGGAAAAAAGAGCAGCAACAUGAAAACAUUUCUGACAAAUUUACCCCCACUGUCAGUAUCGCCAUUCCUAGUUCAAUCAUCGGCAAUGCUCAGUCGCACGAACUCGCCACUCGUCUGGCUGGACAAAUUGCUCGAGCAGCAACAAUUUAUCGAAUUGAUGAGGUUGUGGUAUUUGACAAUAAUGGCUGUUCAAUGGAUGAUCCUACUACUGUUGGGACUUCAGAAGGGGAUAAAAGUCAUGCUGCAUUUUUUAUAAGAGUUUUACGCUAUCUCGAAACGCCACAAUAUUUGAGAAAGAGUCUCUUUACCAAACAUAGUGGAUUAAGAUUUGUGGGCUUGUUACCCCCACUUGACGCGCCUCAUCAUCUUCGCAAGCAUGAAUGGGCUUCAUAUAGAGAAGGUGUGACUUUGGAAGAAAAAGCUCCCAACUUUGUUGGUACAAUGGUAGAUGUGGGUCUUGAUCAGAAUGUUGCCAUUGAUAAAGCACUUGGACCAGGAAUAAGGAUCACUGUAGCUAUGGGGACUGACCGUGAUUUGAGCACUGGGAAAUUACACCAGGUUGUCCAAUCUACUACUCCUAGGGAAGAAGAGGGCAUGUACUGGGGAUAUAAAGUGCGAUAUGCUCCAAACUUGAGCUCUGUUAUUGACAACUGCUCAUAUGAGGGUGGAUAUGACUAUAUGAUUGGAACUUCAGAGCAUGGCAAGGUUGUCAAAUCAUCUGAGCUUUCUAUACCUCCCUUUAGGCAUCUUUUGAUCGCAUUUGGUGGCCUUGCUGGUUUGGAGGAGUGCAUUGAGAAGGACAAAAAAUUAAAGGGAAAACAUGCACAAGUGGUCUUCCAUUCAUAUCUGAACUUAUGCCCUCAUCAAGGGAGCCGUACAAUUAGAUCAGAGGAAGCAGUAUUUAUAGCACUUCAAUAUUUUCAAGAACCAAUUGAUCGGGCAUUGCAGAAAGGCUAGGUUCUCCUAGAGAACCGAUUGAACUUGACUUGUUUCUUUGCUGAAGAACCUAGGAGCACGAGACUGAAACACAAACACAAACGCAGGGCACUUUCUUUGGAUGAAAGAAGUGUAGAAUUGAUUUUCUGCACAAUCAAUUUUGUAUAUUUUGCAAAAUCAGGGUUUGCUUAUUUUCUUAGAUUUUGUAUUAGGAGACUAACACUUGUAACAUCUUGCAACACGAUGUAGGUGAGUAUCAUAUCUAAUCAAGAUAUUUGUAUUCAAGAUUUUGAUUACCCCUGAAUGAUAUGCUCCAUCUGGCAGAUGUGUUUUUAUUGUA